UCUUCUUAUACCUUUUUCCACUCUCACUCACUUUGCUCUCUCCAAAUUUCUUCUUCUUCUCCGGCGAAGAAAUCGAAAAGUCAUUACCCUAAGAGUCCCAGAGUCGUCAGAAGGAACAGCUUUUGAAAUGGACGGUGUCACCUACCAAAGAUUCCCAACGGUGAAGAUCCGUGAGCUUAAAGAUGACUACGCCAAGUUCGAGCUUCGUGAAACCGACGUUUCAAUGGCCAACGCUCUCCGUCGCGUAAUGAUCUCCGAAGUCCCCACCAUGGCAAUCCAUCUCGUCAAAAUCGAGGUUAAUUCCUCUGUUCUCAACGACGAGUUCAUUGCUCAACGACUUAGUCUCAUCCCUCUCACUAGCGAGCGUGCUAUGAGCAUGCGGUUCUGUCAAGAUUGUGAAGAUUGUAAUGGAGAUGAACAUUGCGAGUUCUGCUCUGUUGAGUUUCCCCUUAGUGCUAAGUGUGUUACUGACCAAACCCUAGAUGUUACUAGUAGGGAUCUCUACAGUGCUGAUCCUACUGUUACUCCUGUUGAUUUCACUAGUAACUCAUCUACUUCUGAUUCAAGCGAGCACAAGGGAAUUAUCAUUGCGAAACUACGCAGGGGACAAGAGUUGAAGCUUAAAGCAUUAGCUAGGAAAGGAAUUGGGAAAGAUCAUGCGAAAUGGUCUCCUGCAGCUACUGUUACGUAUAUGUAUGAGCCUGACAUUAUUAUCAAUGAAGAGAUGAUGAACACUUUGACAGAUGAGGAAAAAAUUGACUUGAUUGAGAGCAGUCCUACCAAAGUGUUUGGCAUUGACCCAGUCACCGGACAGGUUGUGGUGGUUGAUCCUGAAGCAUACACUUACGAUGAAGAAGUGAUCAAGAAAGCUGAAGCAAUGGGGAAACCGGGACUCAUUGAGAUCCAUCCGAAACAUGAUAGUUUUGUAUUCACUGUUGAGUCCACAGGUGCAUUGAAGGCUUCUCAGCUGGUACUAAAUGCCAUUGAUAUCCUGAAGCAGAAGCUUGAUGCAAUCCGUCUCUCAGAUAACACUGUAGAAGCCGAUGAUCAGUUUGGUGAACUCGGUGCCCAUAUGCGUGAAGGAUGAAAUCGUAGCUCUUUUUUUACCUGUUUGAUCAGGGUUUAAGUUUCUUCUAGACCAGACUAAUAUAUUAACCGUAGCGGCACUGCCUUGUUUGAUAGCAACAUGUAAAGUGGCAGUCUUGUCUUUGUUCCCGACCUCUGACUGAUCCUUGUGUUCCUGAACCUUGUUAUGUUGGGUUAUUUUUAGUCGUUGAACUCUCUCGUAAUUGGCGUUUUUUUUGUUGUCA